ACACACAUGCACACAGACUCUUAUCACACACACAUAUACGCACACGACAACUAGCUUUAAGUCAGACUGGUUUGCUCUGCAGUGGCUGAGAUCAGUACUUGCACAAUCCUCGGAGAGAGAAUGAAACCGUUAAGUAAAAGUGAAGAGUGGAGGCGGUGCUCAGCGUUUUUGCAGAUCAGGUGGAGAAUUCGCCUGUGAAUAAGAGAGCAGUUGUAGUGUGGAACAGACUGUGUGACACAGUCCAGGGCAGUGCUUUCUCUCUCACUGUCUGUUUAUUUAUCUGUCUGUCUGUCUGUCUGUCUCUGUGUGUGUGUGACCCUUCGUGUCAAUUUCGCUCCCAGUGCCCCGGGUGAUCUGUCAGCAUCUCUGAACACUAUUAUGAACAACGAGGUUUUCGCGUGUUUUACCUUUUACAGCACCCUUUUGGUGGUGAAAAUGUACAUCGUGGCUAUCAUCACAGGGCAGCUGAGACUCCGCAGAAAGGCUUUCACUAACCCAGAAGAUGCUCUGAGACACGGUGGGAAGCAGUAUUAUCGGGACGACCCUGAUGUGGAGCGAAGCCGCAGAGCCCACCGCAACGAUAUGGAGAACAUCUUUCCCUUCCUCUUCCUUGGUGCUGUCUACUCGCUGAUGGAACCCAAUCUGUUUGUUGCACGGAUUCACUUCCUGGUUUUCUUCGUGGGCCGGCUGGUGCACACUGUCGCCUACCUUUUACCUCUUAAAGCGCCAACACGAUCAAUAGCUUACAGCAUUGCACAGAUCCCUUGUGGGUCCAUUGCCCUUCAGAUUUUGUUCAAUGUAGCAACCAACUGGUAAAAGUCAGAGCCAACUCAUAUCACCACCACAACCGAUAGAGAUGCGGAUAAACAGAUGCCCAUGAUUGAUACACAGACUGGCAAUGCACAAUCAUCAUAAAAUGGUAUCUUCACAGACUUGCGAAAUGAAUGCAUCAUGCACAUGACACAGAUUGAGUCUUCUUCCGGAGUUGAAUGUUACGGGAGACGCUGUAAAUGAUUUAAUUUGAGCUUAAUUCAGCCUUUCGGUCACAAAAUAUACAGUCAAUUCACUUUACGGUAUAUUCUAUGAAGCGCUUUGAGUCAUCUCAAAGAUGUGAUAAGGUGGUAUAUCAAAUACAAGCAUUAUUUUUAUUAUUAUUUCAGUCUUAAGCUAUUGCUAGAAUAUUUAAUGUUUCUGGGAUCUAUAUAUAUAUAUAAAUAUAUUUCACAGAUCCUGUUAUUUUUAAUUGGGUUGUUGAAGCACUUUGCCACCUGCAUCAUGGAAAUGGUUGGAGACCUGAAUUCAAAACGACAUCUCUAUCAAUGGUUGAAAAGAAGGGAUGACUCCAACAAGUAAAAAAUAAAUAUUCCAGUGUGGAUGGUUCAAAUGUCAAACACCUGAAGUUUUAGUAAAAUCUACUUAGUGCAUUAUGGCGCUUUUCUAGCACCUUGGGACGUCCUCCCGACGUGAAAGGUGCUCUCUAAAUGUAAUUUGUUGUUGUUUUGAUGUUUUUUGAUAAGUUUUUAAAUGCUUAUGUACUUUGGACUCCUGUCAUUCCGAGUUGGCAAUUUAUACAAAGAAAUGAAGGACCAUUUACACUCUCACUCUCUGAAAUGCCUUUACUGCUCACUUAUGCAUUUUUAUGAACAUUGCGUGAGGGCUGGUUGUGGCCUGAAUAAUCAUCCAGUGCUCAGUCAAACCUCACCCCCGUGAAUAAUGUGUGAGGAAAUGGCGAGUGGGUGGGAACCACAUGAGUCAAUGGUAUCUGGAGAGGACAGGAAGAAAACCUGCCAGAUUUAACCAACCUGAAUGCAUUCCACAAAACGUGGAAGUUACUGCUUCAGUGUUAAAUUUCAUUAAGAAGGAAAAUCGACCAACCUGUUUCAAUAUGUUACAUAUUGACCCUUGUAAUCUUUCGCACAAGUUUUGUUUUUAUUGAAGUCUUAUUAAAAAAAACACAAGGAUACCAA